AUGGUGAUCGGAACCACCAUCUCCCUACUAAAAGAAUGGCAGAACCGUGACGUCAAAUGGACACCAUCUCCUGUUGGUGAGUGUGUGGCCGAUCUCGGUACGAGGCAUGUCACCGGGCGACUCCCAUGUCCACCGACGAUGAUCUUUCUUCAUGAAAUCCCGGCAAUAGCAAUGACAAUUGCCGUUUUCAUCCUCCAGCCCAAAUCUUGUGAUCCUCUAUUCGUCUUCCGAGGCUUUCCCUGGUUUUGUGUUGAAGUUCCCGACAACGAAUUUAUAGAGUGA